AUGCUGCCCUUUCUUUCUUUCUUUCUUUCUUUCUUUCUUUCAAUGAGUCCUUUACUUCCUUUCUUCCUUCGCUUUUUCUUCGUUCUCUUCUUUCUUUCUUUCUUUUAUUUGCGAUCUUUCUUUCUUUCUUUCUUUCUUUCUUUCCAGUAUCACUUCUUUCUUUCUUUCUUUCUUUCUUUCUUUCUUUCUUUCUUUCUUGCCAGUAUCACUUCUUUCUUUCUUUCUUUCUUUCUUUCUUUCUUUCUUUCUUUCUUGCCAGUAUCACUUCUUUCUUUCUUUCUUUCUUUCUUUCUUUCUUUAAAUUCAAGUUCAGUCUUUCUAUCUUUCUUUCUUUCUUUCUUUCUUUCUUUCUUUCUUGCCAGUAUCACUUCGUUCUUUCUUUCUUUCUUUCUUUCUUUCUUUCUUUCUUUCUUUCUUUCUUUUUUUCAGUAUCACUUCUUUCUUUCUUUCUUUCUUUCUUUCUUUCUUUUUACUUCCUUUCUUCCUUCGCUUUUUCUUCGUUCUCUUCUUUCUUUCUUUUAUUUGCGAUCUUUCUUUCUUUCUUUCUUUCUUGCCAGUAUCACUUCUUUCUUUCUUUCUUUCUUUCUUUCUUGCCAGUAUCAUUUCUUUCUUUCUUUCCUUCUUUCUUUCUUUCUUUCGUUCUUUCUUUCUUGCCAGUAUCACUUCUUUCUUUCUUUCUUUCUUUCUUUCUUUCUUUCUUUGCUUUAUUGUUCUGGGAAUGCCGCAAACAUAAUGUUUGUCAUGGAUUCGUCCAGUAGCAUUUGGAUUGUCGACUACAGACGCCAGCUAGAAUUCGUUAAGAAUUUAGUUGAUACAUUUGAUAUUGGAGCCGGCAAAUCUCAAGUCCGCGUCGGAGCCAUCACCUUCAGCAACAACGCUCAUCUUGAAUUCGCUUUAGACCGCUACCAAAAUCGAACCGAACUGAAAAAGGCGAUUGCCGGUAUUCCGUAUCGUACUGGAAUGACGAAUACGGCCGCAGCUUUGCACCUUGUGCGCUCGCAGCUAAAACCUUUCUUCCGAAACUCGACGGCACCUUUUGUAGUCAUCGUUAUCACGGACGGUCUGUCGCGUGAUCCAAAAGCAACGAGAAAAGAGGCACGCAAGUUGCACAAACUUGGUGUUCAUGCCUACGCCAUCGGCGUCGGGUACCAUUAUUCCCUGGACGAACUGAAGGCGAUUGCCAGCGACCCAAUCAACAACCUCCAUCAAGUGUCCAGUUACUCUGCCCUUAAGGGCAUCGUCAGAAAUUUUAAUAUUAAGACUUGUAAAGUUGAUUUAUCUAAAAUCUAUCUAUCUAUCUAUCUAUCUAUCUAUCUAUCUAUCUAUCUAUCUAUCUCUCUCUAUAUAUAUAUAUAUAUUUGCUAA